AUGUAUCGAGUAGUUGAGAAGCCGACAUGCUUGUGUCUGAAAAACGAGAAUUGCCAUUGCCACUGUGAGGCCUGUGGUUACCAACACUCAUGCACAUGUCUUGUCCAAGAAGCAGGCCGCUUGCAACCGGAUCCAUAUACUUCCUGCCACUCUCCGAUCUUCGACACUCCAUCCAGUCCCCUUCCAUCUUCUUCUUUUUCUCUGUCGAUUCGGCCAGAUUCUCCAGUUUCUUCCGGCGACGUUGGACAGGUUGAAAAAGAUAUCAUGUUAAAAAAUUUUGAUAAGUUGAUAAACGCACAUUCCGCUCUGGAAGAGCAUCUUCGUCAAUCAAUGAAAAAGAAUCUUCAUUCUGCUGCAGAUGAGAUUCAGAAAGCUUUAAGCUCAGUGAUGGCUCUUCUUCCGAAUUCGGAACCGUCUCUCCCUCCCCGCAGACCUUCUUCUACGAAAUGUUCAGCUCGAGACGUCAUGAACAGUCAUAUCCGACUAGAGGUUCCCCCAAAAAAUCAAAAGCGUCUUGAAUUAUCUCUUCUUCUUCAGCCUCGUCGUUAUUCCCGUCCUUGUCCACCAUCCACUUCGUUAGCCCCGCUUGUCCCGAUCAACGAACUUUCCAUUUGUGCCAUUUGUUUGGAGGCUGACGCACCUAUGCCAGAAGAUGCGGAUCCAAUGGAAGACUCUUCUCAGUGGAACUACUGGAAGAAGUGUCCAGAGUGUGAGCUUCCAGCUCAUUGGGAAUGUGCACUUGGUCAGCGUUCAUGCGCCCAUUGUAACGUUCUAUUUGUGGAUUAUGAUUGA